ACCGCUUGAAUGUCGGUCGCCAGCCAGCUGCAGAGUCACGCUUCGAUGAGGUAUAUAAAUAAUUAUACCUAUAUAGUCAUAAUUCAUACUGUAAUCCAAAUAAGCGUCAACUGGAACAAAUUAGGUGUGAACUUGAAUAUAAUUACUCGACAAUAAAACUGAUUGGUGUCGAAGCAAGUGAUUCAUUUCAUUUUGAACCAUCGCUUGAUUUCGGGAGGAUUAUUUCAAGUUUGGAAAGCGACUAGCUCACCUAGCACCAAUUCACAAUGGCAGUACUCCGAGUUUCAACGAUAUUCGCCCUUCUUUUAUCAAUAUGCCUUCUAUUAUCAACGACACAAGGGAGGCCUCGAAUCUAUCGGUCCGCCGAAUCAGAUGACAGCGACGAGUCCGGCGGGAGCAGUGACUCCUCGGAGGAAAGCAACAGACCAGCUAAAAACAUGACACCACCGCCAACCACUACCACCACGACCACCACGGCCACUCCUACCACCACGGCUACUCCCACCACCACUGCCCCGACCACAACACCCGCAACCACACCAUCUACCACGACGUCUGCAACAACUCCAACGACUACGCCAAUGAUAACUAGUCCAACGGUACCAAUACCGGUCUUAACCACAUGUGUACCGCGUGGUGAUAUUGGGUUCGACUGUUUUCCAGUCACUCCUGUCAGUCCGUAGUUCAAACUCAAAUAGAACAAUUAUAAAAGGGGUCAUGAGGACAACAUCAUCCACACGACUUGAUUCUUUUGAAGAGCUGCACUCU